GUUUUCUGCGCAAGGACCAGAAAUAGCGAAAAUUUCCAAGAUGGACGCCGACGUAGAGCAGAUUGAUUACGACGUUUUCAGGCGUGAUGUUUACAGGGUUGCCGUCUCUAACGAAUUCGAGUCUCAAGAAAACAGAAGGAUUGUCAGAAGUAUUGGUGAGGAUGACGAUGACGAGGACUUUGAUGAUUUGGAAGCUUUGCGGCUUGCUGCUUUAAGGAGCUUAGGCACAAAAAAUUCUUUUACAAAACAAGGAUUGCCUGCGGCAGAUUUAAGCAGCACUCGACGUGUAAGUCUUGGCCGCAAAGAUAAAUCUGAUUUGCAAGUAGUCUCUCUUGAAAGACAAGAGAGUUUCUCCUCAACAAGUACAGACUAUGAAGAAAUUGACUUAAGCGAGAGGACGCCUCCAGAUUCUGAAGCAAAUGACAGUGGCUCGGACAUUGAUGAUGCAGAAAGUGACAAGAAGAUUGAAAUUGAAAGUCCUAGAGAUGAACAGGAAAUGGAAUCUAAGGAAGAUUCAGAUGAAGGUCAUGAUGUAGAUGAUGAUGAUGUUGAUGAAAAGAAUGAUGUGGUGACUGAUGAUGAAAACAACAGUGUUUGGAGUGAUAAUGAAGAUUUCAGGGACAAUGUUGUUUUGACUGAUGAGGGUGGCAUUGAAAAUAACAUUUCAUCUGAUGAAGAUGAUGUAGAAAACAAUCUUGAUUUUAGUGAUGAAGACAGUGUUGAAGAUACUCAGGAAAAUUCGCAAAAUUAUUUAGAAGCAUUGGAAGCAUUGGAAGAUGAGCUUAAUGAUUCAGCUAACGAAAUCAAUGUCCUAAAUGAUAUCAGUAUCACUAUUGCAAAUGAAUCUAUAGUAUCACAUUCGCCUACCAACUUGGAUGAGCAUUUGGAAAUUGUGGAUGAUGAAUAUGAGGACAACACUGGAUUGAACAAAGAGAAUGAAAGUGAUAAUGAAAGUCUAAAUGAACUCCAAAUGACAUCUACACAGCGUAUUGUCGUUAGUCAGUCGGAUAGUGAAAAUGAAAGUGAUGGUAAAGUUGAAAAUGAAACUGAAAUGACAAAAGAAAAUCAAUGUGAAAGUGAAAUGAUUGUGGAUCAGCCUGUUGUGGAUAAUGGUAAUUUAAUGGAAAAGAAAGAAUCUGUGGUCUCUUCUGCUAUAAGUUCAUCAGAAAAAGUAAACACAGAAGUAUUGGCAUUAAAGAGCAAAACAAAGAACAGUGUAAAAGCUGAAAAUGAAGAACCUACUGUUUUAGUGGCCAAGCCUUCACUUAAAGUUGUGAAAAACUCAAGCUCAAAGCUUCCAUCUGCAGAAAAAACUGACCUUGUGACUUUGCCAAACCUCAAAAGAGACAAAACUCAAGAAUUGCUGUCAAAAGAAAACACAGUGGAAAAAGCUAAAGAGACUAAAGGACCAAGAAAUGUCAAGGAAACAGCACAGAAAGGCAAUGAGAAAGUGUCAAGCAAAGCUGUUGACUGUGAAAGCAAGGUAGAGAUUUCUGCUAACAAAGAAUCAAAGUUGUUAUCUACAGAGCCCAAGUUAAAAAGUGAUGAGAGUGAGGAGAAAAUGGACUUUGAUCAGUUAAGUAUUGAGGAUGAAGACAGUGAUUUUGAAGAAGAGGAGGAGGAGAACCAACCAGUAGUGAAGUCCAAAAUAGGUUUGAAUAAAAUACCUACUGAAAGCAAAAAGAGGAAAAGGAGUUUCUCCAGUGAGAGUGACAGAACUAAAAGAUAUUCUCGUUCACCAGAAAGAUCUCGAGCUUCAUCGCGUUCCUACCGUGACAGACAGCGAGAUCAGCACUUGCGUGACAGAUCUAGGGAAGGAUUUAGUAAAAGAAGGUCAUUGUCACCAUCAACAGAUAGACGAUACAGAGGAAGUGAUAGUCGUUAUUGCAGGAGUCACAGCAGGGACAGAAAGCAAAAUAGGUUUUCUAGUGCUAAAAGCAGAGACAGAGAAAGCAGGCAUUAUCAUUCUCGCUCGCGAUCAAACUCAAGAACUAGAUCCAACACAACUGAAAAAGUUGUUAAAACAAAUGUUGAUAAACCAGUCAAGAAAGAAAGCACAAGAAAUAGUGUUAAAGAACGUCUUGAGCUUAAAAAGAACUUAAAUACAAGACCACUGUCUACAUCACCAAGAAAAGAGAGAAAGGCUCGAGACAGUGGCACUGAGGAGAAAACUGUAAGAACAAAACAAGCAAAGUCUCUGUCUAUUGAAACUAAAGUUGCUAAUGGGACUAAAGUAGUCUUAAAACCCAAACUCCAAAGAGAUGUGGAUGGUGUAAUCAUCAAACAACCUAAAGAUUUGAGAUCUCGACUUUUAGAGAAGAAAGGGGACCAAACUGAAGUAGAUAUUAAAAAUGUAUCAACAGUAACUGAGUCAAAAAAACCUGUCAAGGACCGAGAACUUAGUACACACAUUCAACGAGUUAAACCACAAAAAGAAGCAGUCAUUCCAAGAGUGAAGCAAUAUGCUGAAAAGAAAUCGACGGCAGAAGAAUCAACAAGUCUUGUCAAGGAAAGAGAACUUGAUGAGCGGAUUCAACGAAUAAAACAGAAAAACGAGGCAAUCUUGAAGAGAGCUAAGGAAAUUGAAGCAGAGAAAAUGAAGUUCCAUUCAUGAUAAAGAUGAAUUUCCAACCAUAUCUUUCUUUAAUUUUCAAACAUGGCCCGGCAUUGUGUGACAAGGACGGAUUGUGUGACGUACAGAGGAGGACAAUGUGACAGGUUAAGGGAGCAGCUGCUUAAUGUUAGGGCUUCUUGUUAAUUAUUAUGGUUGAUAGGUAAAGAAAAGUAGGAGACAUAUUGACAAUCUACUUGACAGGUGAUCAUUUUUGUCUGAGAAUGGAAGGACUCCAUAAAUUAGUGUUCAUUGUCAGAGGCUGUCCAAUUCUCAGGGUGGGGCUUAAAAUAUACUGUCAGGGGGUUAGGGGGUGGGACAGUUUAGUAACUUUCCUUUUUUGUGCAGCAGUGCUUAGAGGUGGUUAUCCAGUGGGUGUUGAAGAAAUACAUUAUAGCUGGGCAUGUUUUUGAAGUAGCUUUAUUUUUUCAACUAUUUUAAUGACAAAAAACAUAAAUGCCAUGUUCAACAACUUUUGACAGAACAAAUGCUUCGUUAUUCAUAUGGCCAUUUUCUAGCCCAAAAUGCAGUACUUGGUCAGUAAGAAAAAGAGACCCAUGUCACACACUAUUUUGAGCAUGUAUUUGUGUAAAUUUAAACAUUAAUUUUGCAUAACAUUGUAUAGUAGAGACAAAUAUGCUUGCUUUGCCAUGGUACUGAAUUAGAAAAAAGAAAUGGUAUUUUCUUGUAGCACACAACACUGAAUGUAUGUAGCCACUAUUUCUUCAUGCAAGAUACCGUAGAACAUUUUUUAAAGCUGCACCAAGAUUUGUAGGGUACAGUAGUUUAAAAUGAAUCAUAUGCAAUGUUCAAUCUCAAACUGUGAAACUGUUUUCAGUUGUAUUUGUUACUAUGCAUGUUCAUUAAAAUGUUCAGGAGUUUCUUGGUCUGCCUAGUGUAAGGGGAGGGGGGAGUAAAGGGGACCCGGCCAGUGUCACUUAUACUUCUUUUGGGUUGACAUGGACUGGCCGACCCACUGCUCUCCUCGAUUGGAUCCCCCCCCCCCCCCCCUUCCUGGAUUCUGUUUUAGGGAAUCUCAAUUAGUUUUUGUCUUAGUCUCUACCCCUUAAUUGUGGAACCAAAAGUGAGAAUUUUUACAGUAAGUCUUACUGUUGUGUUAGGUUGUAGCUGUGAUGUACCAUAUCUUCUUAUUAAUAAAUUGUAUGCAGAAAAAGAUCUUUUCUCGAUUAUAUAGUGUCUCCCAGGCCUGAAGCAUUAAUUUGUUUCUUUGAUUUCUGUGUGGCUAUACAAAUGCACCUAAACCAGGUUUCCUGCACAUACCAUAAGUUCCUGGUUAUUAGUUCUCGACUUCUACAGGUUUAUGGGGGAUUUUGGAUGGGCUUGAAACAAGCCAACUUCAGUAUAUUAAAAUUCAAACUUGUCUCUGAGGCUUGGGGGAAUAAAAUAAAAUAAAUCGUAUCAAGGAUGAGGGAUGAAAAAUCAAUUUCUUUUGUUUUAUUCCCCUAAGCCAGAGCAUAAGAGGGGGGUUGGUUGGGGCUACUAAGCAGUACUGAAUAAAUGCCUGGAUUAGGAUCUGAAAAGAAACGACUAUAUAGAAUUCAAGAAAGCCAAUGAAUAGAAGGAUAUGUUGUAAGAAAGCCA